AUGGAGAGCAGAUCUUCUCCCAUGGAUGGGGACUUAAACACACCAACAAACAUAGCGCCUACUAUUUUCCCAAGAGUGGGCUACAGCAUUCUUUCCUAUCUCAUGUUUAUCAACACUCUUUUUUCUGUCUUCAAUAACUCGCUAGUGAUUGCUGUGAUGCUGAAGAACAAACAUCUUCUCAACGCCAUGAACGUCAUCAUCCUCAGCCUCGCGGUUUCUGACCUCAUGAUAGCCCUGUGUGGCUCUGCGAUCGUCACUAUCACCAACUACAAAGGCUCCUUCUUCUUAGGUGAUGAAUUCUGCAUCUUCCAAGGUUUUGCUGUGAAUUAUUUUGGUUUGGUUUCUCUCUGCACUCUGACGCUGCUGGCAUAUGAGCGCUACAACGUGGUCUGUAAACCCAUGGCUGGCUUUAAGCUGAAUGUUCGCAAGAGCUGUCAAGGCCUGGCCUUCAUCUGGCUGUUCUGCCUGUUCUGGGCUGUGUCACCACUGCUAGGCUGGAGCUCGUAUGGUCCAGAGGGGGUCCGGACAUCCUGCUCUCUAGGCUGGGAGGAGAGAUCGUGGAGUAACUACAGCUAUUUGCUCCUUUAUACGCUCCUCUGCUUCCUUGUCCCCACAGCCAUCAUCAUCUACUGCUACACCAACGUUCUGCUCUCCAUGUGCAAGCUGAAUAAAAGUGUGGAGCUGCAGGGAGGUAAAUCCCAUGUGGAGGAGAACAGGCGAGCUGUUAAAAUGGUUCUGGUCAUGAUUGGAACGUUCUUCACCUGCUGGUUGCCCUACACUGCCAUCUCCAUGGUGGUGGUGGUGGACCCUGAGCUCCAUAUCCCUCCUCUAGUGGCUACCAUGCCCAUGUACUUCGCCAAAACCAGCCCUGUGUACAAUCCCAUAAUUUACUUCAUGACCAACAAGCAGUUUCGGGACUGUGCUCUGGAGGUGUUGUCCUGCGGCCGCUACAUCCCCCGUGGCAGCUCGGACAGCCUGGAGAUGGGCUCCUUACGGACGAGUCGGGUCAGCAUAGACAGCAGAAUAACGCCCGCCUGACCACACACUUGACACAAUGCAUUAAUAACUAAUUAAUCACUCCCCACUG